GCGGAGCUGCAAGUUGCAGGCAGCCACUGACUGGAGUAGCAGCAAGCGGCCAAGUGGUUGCAGAAGCAGAAGCAGAAGCCUCCCUCCCUGUUGUGGGAUGCUGCAGCAGCAGGCGGCGAGGCUGCGGCUCUGGCUAUGGCUGUCCAGAGCCCGUGUCUGGGCGCUCCCGCGGGCCCGCGGCUACCAUGGCGACAGAGUGGCGACCGUGGGCACGGAGCCCGAGGCCGGAGCAGCCCUAUUCCAGGAAAAUCAUGAACGAAUGAAGAUAUUAGUGACAGAAUUGAAUGAGCGUGCAGAGAAAAUUCGAUUGGGGGGAGGAGAGAAAGCUCGACAGCGCCACACAUCCCGAGGAAAGUUGCUUCCUAGGGAACGUAUUGAUCAAUUGUUAGAUCCGGGAUCUCCAUUCUUAGAAUUUUCGCAGUUUGCGGGUUAUCAACUGUAUGGUGAGGAGGAAGUACCAGCAGGAGGUAUCAUCACAGGCAUCGGAUGUGUAUCAGGGGUUGAAUGUUUGAUUGUUGCCAAUGAUGCAACAGUGAAAGGGGGAUCAUAUUAUCCGAUCACAGUGAAGAAACACGUUCGAGCACAAGAGAUUGCAAAACAGAAUCAUCUACCCUGUAUUUACUUAGUUGACUCUGGUGGUGCAAACCUCCCGCGACAAGCAGAUGUAUUUCCAGAUCGGGAACAUUUUGGACGUAUCUUUUAUAAUCAGGCCAUUAUGUCUUCAAUGGGAAUUGCUCAGAUUGCUGUGGUCAUGGGUUCAUGUACGGCAGGAGGUGCAUAUGUACCUGCCAUGGCUGAUGAAAGUAUUAUUGUGAAGAAUCAAGGAACAAUUUUCUUAGGAGGCCCGCCUCUGGUGAAAGCUGCAACAGGUGAGGAGGUUUCAGCUGAAGACCUUGGAGGUGCUGAUCUCCACUGCAGAAAGUCUGGUGUCACCGAUCACUAUGCUUUGGAUGAUUCUCAUGCACUUCACUUGGCACGAAAGGUGGUACGAAGUCUCAACUAUCAGAAGAAACUUGAUGUAACAAUAGAAUCCCCAGAAGAACCACUUUUCCCUGCAGAGGAGUUAUAUGGAAUAGUUGGUGAUAAUCUAAAAAAAAGUGUUGAUGUCAAUGAGGUUAUUGCCAGAAUAGUGGACGGAAGCAGAUUUAAUGAAUUCAAAGCCUUUUAUGGGGACACCUUAGUUACAGGAUUUGCAAGAAUCUUCGGAUAUCCAGUUGGCAUUAUUGGAAACAAUGGAGUUCUUUUCUCAGAAUCUGCCAAGAAGGGAACCCAUUUUAUUGAACUUUGCUGUCAGAGGAAUAUCCCCCUCAUUUUUCUACAGAACAUUACAGGUUUCAUGGUCGGGAGAGAAUACGAAGCUGGCGGAAUAGCUAAAGAUGGGGCUAAAAUGGUGACUGCCGUCGCAUGUGCAAAUGUUCCCAAAAUCACUGUCAUUGUCGGCGGUUCCUACGGGGCGGGAAACUACGGAAUGUGUGGUCGAGCAUAUAGCCCAAGGUUCCUGUACAUGUGGCCCAAUGCACGCAUCUCCGUGAUGGGGGGUGAGCAAGCAGCUACUGUUUUAGCUACAAUUACAAAAGACCAAAAAGCAAGGGAUGGAAAAGAGUUCUCUGCAGAAGACGAGGCAGCUCUAAAGGAACCAAUCAUUAGGAGGUUUGAAGAAGAAGGCAACCCUUACUACUCCAGUGCCAGACUGUGGGACGACGGCAUAAUUGACCCUGCUGACACAAGGAUGGUGUUGGGUCUAAGCCUUAGUGCUGCCCUCAAUGCACCCACAAAGCAAACAAAGUUUGGAAUCUUCAGGAUGUGAAGACUGGCAUUUAUUUAUGAGAUAGAACAUUACCCAAAUUUCAACCGUGGCAGGAGUA